CUUCAUCCCAUCCCAUCCUCCCUACCAUCAAAAAAAGAAAUACCCCCAAAAUGGACCCAGAACCACCCACAGCAGACCCCUCCAACCCCCCCGUAAUCAACUACAUUCUCUCCUUCCUUCUAGUCGGGGUAGCUUGGGGUUUCACCACCCCUUUCAUCCGGCGCGCAGCCGCGGACUUUGCAGCCCGGCAGCAACAAAACCAGCAAGACGAUACCAACAACAUCACCACCAACAAUGAUGAAACCAAUGUCCCCCUAACCCCUGUUUCCCCGGAAUACACCGACGAAACACGCCCCGAGGAUGCACGGGGAGAAGAAAGCGAGGAAGAUAAUCCUCCCCCAGCUAGCCACCAAGAACAGCAGCAACAGCAACAUCAACCAGCAUGGAUGCAGCAGCAGAAACAGCAAUCCUGGCUCCGCAAGAAAAUCACCACGUUAUUCUGGACAGUUGUUAAUCUGCUUCGCACUCCUGCUUAUUCGAUUCCCCUGGUGGUGAAUUUGACCGGGAGUGUGUGGUUCUUUUUGUUGGUGGGGAAGCAUGAGUUAUCAUUGACUGUCCCCCUCGCCAACUCCAGUGCGUUUCUGUUCACGGUGUUGGGCGAAUGGUAUGUUGAGAGGAAGGUCAUUGAGCGGGAGACGUGGUUGGGGAUGGCGUUGGUGUUGGGUGGGAUUGCGGUUUGUGUUAUGGCUUAGUUUUUUUUUUUUUUUUUCUUUUAACUAGCUAGUUAUUUGAUGGAUUUGU